AUGGAGCUUGAUCCCGAGACUGAAGGAUUACUAGACUUGACCAAUAAAGGUAAUGGUCCAAGGAGCAAAGAAAAUGGGAGUGAAGACGAUGAUGACAUACAAGAUUGGUCUAUUGUCGCAUCAGUCUCGAAGCGAGGUCAGAAGGAUUUUGAACCCCUUGUUUGUGACGAUGAGAGUCAAGAUUUGUCUGCUUAUGAUAGUGAUGCAUUGAAUGCUUCGCGAAAUAUGAUGUUUUCCGCAUUAUCGAAAAGCAGAGGUACUAUUGUCACACUCGAUAACAUGAAUAGAAGCACAAUUUAUAUUAACAUUCGGAACACAAAUGAUAUUUUUAUGCCUAAAGCAAGAGGAAAGUUUUUAGAAUCUAUGGGUCACAUAGAUAGAAGAAUUGUUUGUCAUUUUAACUAUGAGGAAGCGUUAUAUCUAGUCGAGAGAGGCACGUGUUUGGCCAGACUUUUCGAUAUUGAUGAAGAAAAGAAUGCAAAGUAUCAAAGAAUGUUGCCACUUACAUUGGAAGCUGUUUAUUCAUUACUUAUUCAUGAUCAAGAACAGUUAGAUCGAUAUCUUGUUUAUUCAAUAUUGAAAAGAAACGGGUAUAUUGUACGCAGACAUGACGAGUUCGACCAUGCUAUAUCAUCCAAAUCUUUGUAUAAUAAUCAGAAGGUUAUCAAAGAUUAUAAUAUUUCCAAUCAAAAGAAAAUCACACGCAAAGCAAUACAGCCGCAUCCCAUCCUUAACCUUUCUUUAUGGACUAACUUAUUGGUAUCUUUUAGUAAUUGGAUCGGAAUACCUCUUCCAGUUAAAUUUCUGGGUUCCUACUUCAAUUUUUUUACCUACCUCUCAUGGAAGUUGAGGGGUCUACGGGACCAUAAUAAUACAGUUCAUCGAAUGAAAAAAGCACAUGUUCAUAAUUAUUAUAUUUCAUUCAAUGUAUGGAAACCCAUGGUCAAUUUCAAAAAAAAGAGCCCUCCUCUUCCCGAUUUCCAAAUUGUGGUUGUCAAAGCUUGGGCUGAAUUUCCAAGGUACCAAGAUAUUAAGCAUUUAAUCAAGAGAUCUGGAAUUAAUCCAGAGAAUUUUCAUAGACGAAUCAAUCAUCACACACAAAAAAUAUCGCAUAUCAGUUCAGAAUGGGACUAUUCUCGGGGUAUUAAUAUUCAUAAUUUGAAGUAUAACGAGCAAAGUAUAACAUUCGCAAUUGUGGAUAAUGGUAUUGUAAAUUUUGCUAACCUUUCUGAUUGCUGCUUUGCUCAGGAAGGUGCAUGCUGGAGAGAUUAUUGGUCAUUCCCUAGAAAGAGAAGAGGGAAGGGGAGGAGAAAAAAGAGUGAUAAAAUGAAAAGCAAGACGACUAGAAAGAUAGCCCCGGCAAAACAAUAA